AUGGAGGCGCCCGCCAGCGCUCAGACCCCACAUCCUCAUGAACCCAUCAGCUUCGGAAUAGACCAGAUACUCAACAGCCCGGACCAGGACAGCGCUCCCGCCCCCAGGGGCCCCGACGGCGCCAGCUACCUGGGGGGACCUGGGAGCCGGCCGGGUGCUACUUACCCGUCCCUGCCGGCCUCCUUCGCCGGCCUUGGCGCGCCCUUUGAGGACGCGGGAUCUUACAGUGUCAACCUCAGCCUGGCACCCGCUGGGGUGAUACGGGUUCCGGCACACAGGCCGCUCCCUGGGGCCGUGCCGCCGCCGCUGCCCAGCGCACUGCCCGCCAUGCCUGCGGUGCCUGCUGUGCCAAGCCUGGGCGGACUCAACUUUCCUUGGAUGGAAAGCAGCCGUCGCUUUGUGAAAGACCGCUUUACAGCAGCGGCCGCACUCACUCCCUUCACCGUAACUCGGCGGAUCGGACACCCCUAUCAGAACCGGACGCCCCCGAAAAGGAAGAAACCACGAACAUCUUUCUCACGGGUGCAGAUCUGCGAGCUCGAAAAACGUUUCCAUCGCCAGAAGUACCUGGCCUCUGCCGAGAGGGCGGCGCUCGCCAAGUCCCUCAAGAUGACCGACGCGCAGGUCAAGACCUGGUUCCAAAACAGGAGGACCAAGUGGCGGCGGCAGACGGCAGAGGAGAGAGAGGCCGAGAGGCAGCAGGCAAGCCGGCUGAUGCUGCAACUCCAGCAUGACGCCUUCCAAAAGAGCCUCAAUGACUCCAUCCAGCCCGAUCCUCUCUGUCUGCACAACUCGUCGCUGUUCGCGCUGCAGAACCUGCAGCCCUGGGAGGAGGAAGGCACCAAGGUCCCCGCUGUCACCUCGCUGGUCUGA